CAAAUAUGUAUCUUAAUACGUGAAAGUACGAUAAGACUAUAAUAUGCCAUGACAGCUAAUUUACAAGUAAUAAAUCUCACAAAAUACUGUUGAGGUGAAAUUAUGAAAUGAAGUUCAAUCAUAUAAGGGAAUAACUAUUGAGAAGUAUUUGACUAGUUAAAUGAUAGUAAGUACUGCGGACAAGGGUAGACUUUAGUCGUCAGCCACUUUCUCUUUCCACCAUUAUGACUCGAGAGCGACUUUCUCUUUCCAAAAUCCAUAGCGACGAAAAGUAAAACAGCCUGAUUUGUUUUCGGAGUCGAACUGAGAAGAUCAAAUACCAUCCCCAACCUCUUUCCAUCUAUUUUCUCUAAUUUGUAAUCUCAAAUCUUUUCCUCUAUUUCACGAGUUUAAGGUUUUUUUAGGGUUUUUUCUCGACUGAAAGGACCAGUUUUAUGUAUUAUGUGUCUGCUUUCUUAUUUUCUUAUUUGGAUCCUGUAAUCUUCUAUCUAAUUGGGUUCUUAAGAAUGGGUUGUGCUUUGAUUGUCAUUUGCUUCAAGAUCGGUGGUGAGUCUCUCCGGCCGUUUCAAAGAUUCCGACCUAUUUUCUGUCAAGAUCUUUGUGUUCCGUGGAGGAAAGUUUCCAGUAAAUCAUCUUGCAGCAAUCAUGAGAUCCUUCUCUUAGAUCUAACAAUUUGGGUUGUUGUUUGUGGUCUGUUACGGUGGGAAGAAAAGCUCAAAGGAUUUUUCCGACGAACUUUUUGUGUACCUACUCUGGAAGAUACAGAUCCUAUCUAUUCUGAAAAGGUUUGUGCAGGUUUAGAAAUGAAAAGAAAGACAACAGCAACUCGAUCAAGAUCGUCACUCAGUCCAUCUAUUACAUCAACUGUUACCACAUCUUCCAAGCCGAGUCAGCCCGAUCCGAUGUUCCGAUACAGUCACUUAAAGACCAUUCCAGAUCACCAACGUUACUUGAGACACUUUGGUUACUGUUUGAGACACUAUGGUUACUUUUCGGCUACUGUUGCUAUUAGUUGGGUCAUUGUUAUCAGAUAUAUUGAUAGAGUAUCUUCCCCAAUUCUUUCCCAUCACUAUGGUUACUUUGUAAAGUUUCCAAUUUCCUAAAUCGGCUACUCUAUCAAUAUAUCUGAGGCUAGCCUCUUUUUCGAAAAAAAAAUACUGCAAACAAAGAAUUUCAAAGAUGAUUAAUAUACCAUUUAUGAGAUCCAACAUCAAAAACACGAGAACUGAUUUUCCUCAUUCAAUUUAGAAACUUCUUCAACCCUCCAUUAUUGGAAGAUGAAUGUACGGAUCAGGAUGUUGACUGCAAGAACCAAAUGAAGAACUAAUUAAAAUAGUCACUUUGCAA